UGGCGUGUAUAGUUAAUAUCUUGGUUAGUUCAGUUUGAAAAAAAAAAAAAGUUUACUUAUCGGCGGUUCGUGUUUUUGGUGCUUAAUGAGUUACUAACUUUUAUUUUGUAAAAGCAACAGCGCAGUGCAAAAGUUGAUAUGUGAUGUGUGUGUGAUGUGUCAGACUUAUCUUCGAAAGAAAUGUAAAUUCUGAAGGUUCACUUUGUUGGAUAGGAAUAUGCCAACUAAAGCAUCCAAGAAAGUUGUUGGAAUGAUUAUAAGGAGCAGAAAAACAAUAAUGAAGGAUGGCGUAAUGACGACUUCAGGAAUUGGAGAGCCCAGCAUAUACCAUGCCCUUGUUGUCAUAUUUCUGGAAUUCUUUGCAUGGGGACUUUUGACUAUGCCCAUUAUUUCUGUUCUCAAUGAAACAUUUCCAGAUCACACAUUCCUUAUGAAUGGACUAAUUAUGGGAAUUAAGGGGUUUCUGUCUUUUCUAAGUGCACCAUUAAUCGGUGCACUGUCUGAUGUUUGGGGCCGGAAGUUUUUCCUAUUAAUAACAGUAUUUUUUACCUGUGCACCAAUACCACUGAUGACUAUCAACACAUGGUGGUUUUUUGCCAUGAUCAGCAUAUCAGGGGUUUUUGCUGUAACGUUCUCGGUCGUGUUUGCCUAUGUUGCGGAUGUUACAGAAGAGCAUGAACGAAGUCUUGCUUAUGGCCUUGUUUCUGCAACAUUUGCAGCAAGUAUGGUUAUCAGCCCAGCAUUGGGAGCGUAUAUGAUGGAUGCCUACAGUGAAAAUUUAGUUGUUGCAUUGGCCACAGCAAUAGCUAUACUUGAUGUAUUUUUUAUUCUUGUGGCUGUUCCUGAAUCCCUUCCAGAAAAAGUCCGACCAUCAUCGUGGGGUGCACCUAUUUCUUGGGAACAAGCUGAUCCAUUUGCAGCACUUCGUAAGGUUGGCAAGGACCACACCAUACUUAUGCUGUGUGUGACAGUGUUUUUAUCGUACUUACCUGAAGCUGGACAGUAUUCAUGCAUUUUUGUUUAUCUCAAAUUGGUGAUGGAUUUUAGUGUUGUAAUGGUCGCUGUCUUUAUUGCCACAGUGGGUAUACUGUCUGUUGGUGCGCAGAUCAUUUUAGGAUUCCUAAUGCGUUCUUUGGGCAGUAAGCACACAAUUAUUGUUGGUCUUGUGUUUGAAAUGUUGCAACUAAUGUGGUAUGGAUUCGGCUCACAAACAUGGAUGAUGUGGGCCGCUGGGGUCCUGGCUUCAAUCUCUAGCAUCACAUAUCCUGCUAUUAGUGCCUUUGUAUCAAUGCAUUCUGAUGCAGACAAACAAGGGUUAGUACAAGGAAUGGUAACUGGAAUGAGAGGGCUCUGUAAUGGCCUCGGACCUGCUAUGUUUGGUGUAAUAUUCUACCUCUUUCAUGUUGACUUAAAUGAAGAUCCUUCAAAAAUAAGAUCUGAACGUCCUAUUAAUUUGGGAGAUAAUGGUACCACAGGACAGAUGCACGAUUCUUUACAACCUUUGGUUCCUGGUCCACCAUUUGUUUUUGGUUCCUUUUUGGUGAUCUGUGCUUUGCUGGUAGCAGUUUUCAUUCCUGAAGGCAACUCUAUGGGUUCCAACCUUCGAACUAAUUCACGGAGACAAUCUGGUCUCUCAAUGGAGGUGCAUUAUGAAGUAGAGCGUAGCAAAAAGCACGAUGGAGUGAGUCCUCUGUCACCACUUGUUGACAAUUCUGCCAUCCUGUAGCAUAAGUGAAA